AUGAUUUCGCAAUGCCUCUCGCUGCUGCUCUGGUGGAGCUCCAUCUCUUUCACUGGGGUGGGCUUCCCUGAGCUGUCGCAGGAUCUCGAUUUGGCAGUUGUAAGCAACCUGUCGUGCUCAGAGGUGCACAUUGGCGGGGUGAAUGGCACGUUCAACUCCUCGCUGUGGUUGCUGGAGACGACAACCCCCUCCACGGCAAACUGCACUGUCAACGCGGAGGUGCUUGGCAGCAAUUUCACAAUCCUGGCGGAUGCGCUGCUGCCCCCCAGCCGCGUGGCCCUCCAGAAGUCCGUGGACGGGGCGUGCUACAGCACCGAGGUCGCCGUGGGGCCGUGUGACGUCAGCGUGACGCUAGAGAAGCUGGAGCUUAGCGAGCCAAACUUCCUGCUUGACGGGGUACUGAGCGGAUACAAGGACACGGUCGCCACGCAGGCUUCUAAAAUGAUUUGCGAAAAAGUUCCUUCCUACGUCGCAUCGGAGCUAAUGAACCGCACGCUGAACCCUCCCGCACCCCACCCCACCCUUCUUGCUGGUGCCGCGCCACUGGAAAGGCUGAAGCUUUUCCGUGCGCUCGCAAGCAUUGCCCGCAAUGCCCCUCCUCUCUUUGGCGUCAGGUUCGCAGUGUCCUCGCUUGAUGGGACGACGCUGCACGUGCACAUGGCGUUCCCCGGCAGCCCCCACCUCAGGCUGGGUUUCUCCCCCGAGCUGGAAAGAAUCUUGGGCAAGUUGGAUGUUGCGCUCAGGGUGAUGGAGCUUGCGAGCGCCGCAGAUUCCCUGAAGCAGCUGCUGCCGAUGCUCAAGAAGGGUUUGGUGGUGCUGGACGUCCCUCACUCCUUCAACGCGUCCUUUGAGGUUGUGUUUCACGACCUCCGGUGCGCUGAGGACGGAAUAAACUGCACAGUGCCACGUGCUGGGGGCAUUGCGCUGCAAAAUAUUCGGUCGGAGAACCUUGGCGAGUGGGACAAGGUUAUCACGAAUAUCGCGGGCCCAUUUGUUUCCUCGCUGCUUACCAAGGCUCUGGAUGAGUAUCUGCAGUCCGACAACACGACCGGUCCGCGCUUCCUCGUCCCAACGUUGCCGGAAGAGGCCGUCAACCAGCUGCCGCCGAUGCCGUAUGCGGCGGUUGCGGUGGUUGUGGCUGUGCUCCUCCUCGUGGGAACUGCCGUUUUGAGCGUUUGGCGCCACCGCCGCGGGGAGCCUGUGACAACCGACGAUGGCCUUCCACUCACCCUGAAGCGUGCACUGUUGGAGGAUCUGUUUCUGAUGCUGCUGGUGGUUCUGACAGCGAUCGGCUUUACCUGGUGCCUCCUAACCACAAUUGUCUCCGUCGUGGCCGGAGGCGAAGUGCAUUACAUGAGCUUCGCACUGCUCGACACCAUUUGGAAGACGUAUGACGCGGGGCUGAGGGCCCUUGCCGUGCUCAUGUUUACCUUCAGUGCAGUGUACCCCUACCUUAAGCUGGUGGCCACUGUGGUGUGCACGCUGAUUCUCCAGAGGCCGGAAAUGCUGCUUCUUCGCAUCAUCAACUACCUUGGGAAGUUUGCGCUGCUUGACGUAUACUCCUUCAUCGCCCUGUCGAUGACGCUGCAAAUUGAUGGCUUGAUUGAGGUGAAGUAUCAUUCCGGGUUUUAUGUGUUUGUUUCAACGACGCUUAUUUCCAUCGUUGUGGGAAAUUAUGCCACACACUUCUGGCGCCGCGGCACCUCGCUCUACCGGUGUGACAAGCUGCUCGAACAAUCUGCCCCAUAUGAGGCCGAACCCGCACACGACGAAGGUGGCGUCUGCAGCCUCGAGGGAUGCAAACACAAUGCGUGGACGCGGAGACGCCUGGUGGCUGCGGUGGCGAGCGGCAUCUUUGUCGCCGCGUGUGUCCUCCCUGCGUGGAUACUUCCCAGCAUCGGGUACAAGAUCCAUUGGGUGAUACCCAUCUUCAAGGAAGAGGUGAGGCGUCUGUCCUUGUUUUCUCUUGCCACCUUGAAUUGGUCCUUUUUCGUUGUCUGCUUCCUCACCGUUGGCCUCGUCCCGCUUGUGCACACGAUCAUGUUCCCGCAGUGGAUGCUGCUGGCGUCGUGGUGCGCGAUUGACGUGCUACUCGUGGCGUGUGUGGCCGGGUUUGCGCAGCUUGAGUCUAACGUUGCGCCAACCGCCCGAAACAAACUAAGCGCCUUUGUGAGCACAACGCCGUACCUGUACUGGCCGCUCAUCCUGCUGCUGAUCUGCACCGUGUGGCUUUGGCUCCUGGCCGCCGAGAACACCUUUCAGUUGUCGCGCCGCCUGCGGGCGUGGAUGGCGCGGCGCAAGGCCAGGCACAGCAGUUAA